AUGUAAAAUAAAAAUAAGAGAUCAAUUACCUAUGAUUUAAUCGAAAACAAUAAUUAAGAUCAUGCCAUGUUUUAUAAAGGAGGUCUUAUGAAAAACAAAAAACCAUACAAGUUGAAGCUUGAACUGAAACCACUCAAAGACGAAAUCUCCUCAACGUAAUUCGGAGAGAUAGUGGAAAAUGAAGAUUUCAAAAAAAUAGAUGAACUAGACAGAGAUUCCAAAAAAAAAUACUAAACUAAUAAUAAGACUUCAUUAAAACUACCGAUCAUUUAUAAAAAUAGAUCAAAAUCCUCUCAAGUUUAAACCUAUUUAUAACCAUACUCAAAUUCAGAUGCUGAAAUUAUGGACAAUAGUAAGUAAGACAAAAUAUCCAUGAGACCGAUAUUCAAAUCUAUCAAUCAAAUCUUAAGUAAACAUCAAUAAAAGACUAAUUAGCCUAAAAAUAAUACUGAAUUUGAAAACGAUAAAAUCUCAAAUGAUCAAAGCAUCUUAAAGUAAUUUUCUUUAGUAUUAAGACUCUCGCAGUUUUUAAGUCAAAAUUAAAACGAUAACAUUAACAUAGGAAAAUACGUUUAAGAGAAAAUAGAGCAAAAGAGAAUUAAUAAUUUUCGAUAAUUAUAUAAAAAUGCUGUUAAGUAUUAAAGCGACGAAGAAGAAAAUGGUUGUAUUCUCUCCAGCAAAGAAUUAUAAUAAGUAGAACAUAUCAAAAACAGAAGAAAAGUCAUUCUAAAAAUGGCUCAAAGAAAAUCUCCAAAGUUUCUCUACCCCUUAGGCCCCAAAAUAAGGGUUCCUAAUUUUUCUUUAGAAAACCAAUAUUUCUAGAUUCAAUAAAACUUAACUAGCAGAGCUUAAGGAGGAUAAUUAUCUCCAAAAAAGAAAAAAACCUACAAUUUCGAGGAUGACAUUUCUAUCCAGAAAUUAGAUAGUCCACCUAAAGAUAAAUGCUUUCCUACUUCCUCAAUGUAAGAAGAUUACCUAAAUAUUAAGAUUUAAUAAAUUGUUAAGUCUUUUCUAUGA